GAAAAUGCUGUGCGGCGGUCUUUUGCGCCGAACAGGAAUUAUCACCAUUCAGAAAAUGCCUCUGCUGAAACCGGCUCAGUUGAAUUCAGGUUUGAGAGAUUCAAUUAGAAGCAUGGGUGACUCAGCACAGAGCAGAUUUGUGAUGAGACUUUCGAGACACAACAGAACGAGGUUCAUGCGACAACUCACGUUCUAUCUCUCACUGACUGGAAUUCCUGCCACAUGUUGGAUUUAUUAUUCAUUGACCAGACAAGGGAUUGCGGAGCUAGUAGAUACUCCCGAAGGAUACGAACCUCAGUUCUACGAGUACUAUGGACAUCCAAUCACGCGUUUCAUGGCCAAGCACUUCGCCUAUCACCCUCAGAGACACUACGAGAAGGAGCUGGGCAAGUGCUACAAGAUCAGAGAAACUGUCCUGCAGAGAAUGUGUCAAGAGCGAGCCAAAUUGAUCAACAGGAGAACUGGAGAAUCGCUAGACAUCAACGAAGAGCUGAUUUUGGACAAGUACACACAGGGUAGGAACUUCAACGAGAAACUGCAGCUGAUUCAAUCCCCCAACCACAUCUACAAUGCCAAGAACGUCAUGGAGUACUCGUACGAUAAAAAGAAGUAAAGAAACUACAUGAAAAAUGGAGUGUAAACGCGAAUAAAACGGCAUGAUCGAUGAAACUCUAAAUGUAUUGGCUAACAUUGAAUAUUCGAAGGCAAAAAUUAAAUUAGAUUUAAAUCUGUAAA